UAAGCCGUUUCUCAAUUCGCGUACUUUUGCGUGCUCGUGUGCUCGUGGACUCGUGAAACGUCAUCAGUUGUUGCCCGAGCACUGUUCCAAUUCGAAGCACGCAUCAAGCGAGUACUGUCGUAAAACCCGGAAGUGUUCUGGAUGCGUGCUCGAUAUCGCCGUUUCACCGAGCAUGCAUCGGAGGUGGCUCGUGUGUGCUUGCUCCCGCUAUAAAUCCCAGGAUGCAUUUCGCACUCGCAGCAGUACGAGGGCGGACAAUAUGGAGAAGACGCACAAGUUACAACUGUAGCUUAAGUUACUCUUAACUUAUAUAUAUAUUUAUAUAAUAUAUAGUCCUAAUAUAAUAAUAAUAAUAUAUAAAUAUAUAUAUGUAAGGUCGUGUGUGUGUAUAGCUUAUACACAUGACAGGACACUCAUAUCUUUUCAAUUGUUAUUCAUUCAGAAUAUUUAAAUACUAUUUGAAAAUGAAAGAGGCUGGGAUUUUGUUUUGUAUCAUUUGUUUAUAUUGUUCAGUAGUAUAUGCCUAAAUGAGGCCGUAGCACAGUUAACGGACGAGCAGAGGUGGUGACGUCAUCGAGUCCGCUGCUGUUCCAAUUGCAGGUACGUACUCGCGUGCUCGCAAGUAUGUGCUUGAAGUACAGACUUGCCAAGUACGUGCUAGCAAGUCAUCGAGUCCGUAGUACGCGUGCUACGAAUUGAGAAACGGCCAUAGCAACUACGCACGGCUCAUCAGUAAAUCAUCGUAAAGUGGAACAGGAAGUCAGGAACUAGGGGGGAACCAAAUCGGGUGCCACGCCGGUCACUGGAGAUACCGUGGAGAUCCGGGGAUAUAUUCAACAAACCAUUUCUACUCCGAGACAAGAGUACGUGGAGGGAGUUUUUCUGUUACAAGGAGAGAUUAUUCGGCAACGCAAACUGCUGACCGCCUGGAGAACCUGGGGAAUCCAGAUGGGUUGCCCUGCCCCAGCCCGUUCUGCCGGCGAUUUGAACAGCCCUCCAGAAGGGUCGGUUUUUGCGGGAGCCAAUCACCAAGAUGGCUUCUCCCACUGGCGCGCUAUUGGCUGGUUUAACGCAAUGAAAACAGGGAAGCGACGGCAAGUAGCCAAUUGGCCUUUUGCCAGUGUUUGAUUGACAGGCAAUCUGACCAAUCAGAACGCUCGACAUUCCGGCUAAUGAGAAGAGUCAACUGAGCUGUUGAGUCAUUACUAGAAACUAGAUAUUAUUUUAAAUUCAGAGCUCAAGAUGGUAAAACGGUGUUGUUAUGGAAACUGCAACACUGACAGCCGAUAUAGCGACCGAGUUGUCAACGUGUUUUUUUUUUCCCCUUUCCCGAAGCCAAAUAGGAACAUUGAAAAAUGUUUGCAGUGGAUAAAGCUGUGCGGAAGACCACACCAAAAGCUGAACGUCGACAAAUUAAGUUGCACAAGCACAGCUAAACAUUUCUACGUUUGCUCAAAUCACUUUGGAAGGCAAACCCACCCGAGACAAUGAUCCUCUGCCAGUAUCACCUUUUGAUCGCCAAACUACUUUGAGGCGCACACCUAAGCACCAGCCCCACAGGAAGAGUGCCACUUCUGAAACCAUAAGAAACAAGAGUGGAGUGAAAGCAAACCAACCCAUUAUGGAGCAUAAGGUCCAAACCCACGACAUGAACCGGACCUGGUCUCACGUUCGGAUAGAGGCUAACAUGUUGCUUGAGAAAAUGCAGGGCCUUGGACUGAGGCCCGUUUUAUUCCUGGCCAGCCCCUUUUAUUCCUGCCAUGACCAAAAUCACUGGGUCUCAGAAAUUUUUGCCCCUCCCUGCCAUCUGUCUGAGAUCUCUGUGGAGGGUCUUCAAAGGAUGAAGGCACUGUUUGAUCUCAUUAUUAAAGGUUGGACCCCCAGAGAGACGCCUGCAGCAGCUCCAACUCGGCCUCCACCCUAUCGUCCAGAGACGCCUGCAGCAACCCCAACUCUGCCUCCACCCUGUCUCCCAGAGACACCUGCAGGAGCUUCAACUAGGCCUCCACCCUCUACUCCAGAGACACCUGCUGGAGCCUCCUCAAAUGGUCUGGAACAAGAGGUCCUGCAGCACACGGCCUGUAGAGAGGCGCCCUCCCCCCGUCCAGUCCAGGAGGAGAAAUGGACUUACAAGAAGAAGAGCCCGACGGCUUCUGAUGCCGGGAUGUGGACGAUAGGACAAUUGAGAGCGGUGCUCCAUCACCCGGUCACCGGGAAUAACGUGGAGAUGCGGGGAUUUAUUCAACAAACCAUCGCUGAGCACCGGGAGGGAGUUUCUCUGUUACAAGGAGAGAAAAGUCGGCAAUGGAAACUGCUGACCGCAGCCUGGUGUCCCCAGGUUCGCUUGGACAGAGCAGAGGUCCUGCAGCACGCGGCCUGUAGAGAGGCGCCCUACCCCCGUCCGGGCCAGGAGGAGACAUGGACUCCAGGCACACGAGUCAAAGAGGAGAAGGAGCCAUUGCCCCCAGGCCUACCAGUCAAAGAGGAGGUGGCGGAGGAGCCAAGGGCCCCGGGCCUACCAGUCAAAGAGGAGGUGGCGGAGGAGCCAAGGGCCCCAGGCCUACCAGUCAAAGAGGAGCGGGAGGAGGAGCCAUGGAACCCAGGCCUACCAGUCAAAGAGGAGGUGGCGGAGGAGCCAUGGAACCCAGGCCUACCAGUCAAAGAGGAGGUGGCGGAGGAGCCAUGGAACCCAGGCCUACCAGUCAAAGAGGAGGUGGCGGAGGAGCCAUGGAACCCAGGCCUACCAGUCAAAGAGGAGCGGGAGGAGGAGCCAUGGAACCCAGGCCUACCAGUCAAAGAGGAGCGGGAGGAGCUGUGGGUCAGCCCUGGGGGAGACGGUGGUCAAGAGACGACGGGAGAGGACGUCAUCCAGGACCCGACCCCUCCUGGUUCCGUGAAGACGGAAGGCGCUCCGCCUCCACCUACAGAUCCAACGGAGGCCGGACCACCGACCAGGGACUCUGAAGCAGACAUAAAGCCAGAACCACAGCCUCUGUCCUUCGUACCGGACCAUUAUGCGACAGCAGAACCACAGCCUCUGUCCUGUGUGUCGGACCAGUUCGAGGCAACAGAACCACAGCCUCGGUCCUGUGUGUCGGACCAGUUCGAGGCAACAGAACCACAGCCUCGGUCCUGUGUGUCGGACCAGUUCGAGGCAACAGAACCACAGCCUCGGUCCUGUGUGUCGGACCAGUUCGAGGCAACAGAACCACAGCCUCGGUCCUGUGUGUCGGACCAGUUCGAGGCAACAGAACCACAGCCUCGGUCCUGUGCGUCGGCCGACUGCACGACAACAGAAACGGAUGCGAAGGAGGAAGCGGGUGCAGAGAGCGGCUCCGGGUCUGGAGCAGCCGUUGGCGCCCCGUGUCCAGACAUGGACUCUAAAUUGCGGACCCGACGACGAGCCAAACGUCCGGUGCGUGAACUCGAAAGCGAUACCAAAACCCGGGUCCGGAUACACAUGAGGGUGCACACGGGUGAGCGGCCGCACUCGGGUCCGGACUGCGGAAAGGCGUCCACCACUAAGGGCGGGGUCAACGAACACAUCCAGAACAUCCCCCGCAGCGACAGACCCUUCCACUGCGAGCUCUGCACCGCAAGCUUCAAGUCCAAGUGGGGUCUGAACCGACACCUCAGCGUCCACACCGGGGAGAGGCCGUACACCUGCUCUUCCUGCGGCCUCAGCUACACUGCGAGGGACAAGCUGAACAGGCACAUCAACAUCCACCAUAGAAUAACAUCCGUCAAAUGCAAGAUGAAAGCGUGAUGGCUUAAAGACCCCUCAACGGGAAAUUAGAUCUCUGUACUGUUUAUUAAAUUGUAAUUUGUAUUGUGUACUGUUUAAAAGGCAAGGUUUUUGUGUUGUUGCUAAGCUGUUGAGGAGCUUCCGGAUUUCUCCACCUUUCUUGGACCCUUUUUCCACCAGCGAUUCGAGUCCAAAGAGACAAACGCAGACAGCAGUUGUUGAAUUCGGUCCAGCACCGAGUGUGAAACGCUGCAGCAUUUCCUUUGGGGCAUCGGCCAACCGUCAAUCUGUGUCGUCUAUAAGUGCUUGUUUUGUAACCGGCGAGAGUCAGAUUGUUCUAAGUGUUGUUGCAACCCCGGCCAAUUAAGGCGAUUCAAAGCACCUGAGGAACAGGUGGAGAAGCAGGGCUUAAAUAGCCCGCUUCUCCACUCAUUCGGGGCUCUCCCAGCCCUGGAGCUCCUGCACGGAGAGACCGGUCCUCGUGGGUGUCGGGAUUCCACCCACGACGGAGGGGACCGUUGAUUCCUCCCAGGUUUUACAUUAUUUGUGUUUUUAGAGACUGUUAUUUUCUGAAUUAAACAUGCCUUUUUUGGCUUUUCCCCACAAAAUGGUGUCCUGUUUGGGAGGAGGUGGUUCGCUAACCGUGCCGGGUUGCCACAGUGUCUGACAACAUUAUGGAAAGGAAAGUAAUCGUACAGGGAAAUAAAACGUUUUUCUUCACCCCUCACUUGAUCCUGGUUGGUGUUGUGUCCCUGUGAAGCCCCCGUUAUUAACAUCUCAGCCCUCCUCCACCCAAAUCUCCUAAAUAACACAAUGAUGUUUCUUGUAGUCCACCACCCCGGACUCUAAGUGGCGAUCCUUUCUCCAGCUCUCACUCACUUUAGUUCUCUGUAGGGUCCUUCUGAUACUGUUGGCAGACGCUUAGAAUGACAAUCUGAGGCGUACAUUGACGAGGCGCUAUGACCCCAAAUGAGAACGUUCUCAAAUACUGGACCAAUUUCAAAAGUUGUUGCACGCAUUAGUCGCUUACAAAAAAAAACAAACCUUCAGGCCAACUGACUUGACAUUUUAUUACAUAGUUUAUAAUUUGGCAAUUCUAGUGUUAUGGGUGUGAAAAUGACAGGUCACUUUUAUUAAAUGAUAUCAUGGAUGAAUACAUAUUCUCAUGG